AGGGGGCGGGGCAGGAGCCCUGAGCUGCGGUGGUUCUGCGGACAGCGGGUUCUGUGCGCCUAGCCGCUGGCCUCAGGCGUGCUGAGGUUCGUGCGAGCGCCGCACCUGCGGGCCCGGUCUUCGGGCUGUCGCAGCGCGGGGACCGCCCUACUGGAAGCUGCCGCUGACAUGAGUGCAGUGUCGGAGCCCCAGGCUGCCCCUGCUCCCCUGGAGAAGCCGGCCAGCACCGCCAUCCUGUGCAAUACCUGUGGGAAUGUGUGCAAGGGGGAGGUGCUGCGAGUGCAGAACAAGUACUUCCACAUCAGAUGCUUUGUGUGUAAAGCUUGUGGCUGUGACCUGGCCGAGGGUGGCUUCUUCGUGCGACAGGGUGAGCACAUCUGCACUCGUGACUACCAGCGGCUCUAUGGCACUCGCUGCUUCAGCUGUGACAACUUCAUUGAAGGCGAAGUUGUGUCAGCACUUGGCAAGACGUAUCACCCCGACUGCUUUGUCUGUGCUGUCUGCAGGCUGCCCUUUCCUCCUGGGGACCGCGUGACCUUCAACGGGAAGGAGUGCAUGUGCCAGAAGUGUUCCCCGCCCACGUCACUGGGCAGCAGUGCUCACCUGGCCCAGGGCCUCCGGAGUUGUGGGGGCUGUGGCUUAGAAAUCAAGAAUGGCCAGGCCCUGGUGGCUUUGGACAAACACUGGCACCUGGGCUGCUUCAAGUGCAAGACCUGCGGGAAACUCCUCAAUGCAGAGUACAUCAGCAAGGACGGGCUGCCCUACUGUGAGGCUGAUUAUCACACCAAGUUCGGCAUCCGCUGCGAUGGCUGUGAGAGGUACAUCACAGGCCGCGUGUUGGAGGCCGGGGAGAAGCACUAUCACCCUUCGUGCGCGCUAUGCGUCAGGUGCGGCCAGAUGUUCUCAGAAGGCGAGGAGAUGUACCUGCAAGGCUCCUCCAUCUGGCAUCCUGCAUGUCGACAAGCAGCCAGGACUGAAGACAAGAGCAAGAUGCACAGCUCUGUUUGCAGCCAGCCCUGCCCGGGCACCCUGCCCUGUGCCUUACAGGAAACCAGGACUUCCUCGGAGAGCAUUGUCUCUGUGCCGGCCUCCAGCACGUCCGGGUCCCCAAGCCGUGUGAUCUACGCAAAGCUUGGCGAUGAGAUCCUGGACUACAGGGACUUGGCUGCUCUUCCCAAAAACAAAGCAAUCUAUAACAUCGACCGCCCCGACAUGAUCUCCUAUUCGCCCUACAUCAGCCACUCGGCCAUGGGGGACAGGCAGAGCUACGGCGAGUCACCUCAGUUGCUCUCACCAACGCCGACUGAGGGGGAUCAGGAUGAUCGGUCCUACAAGCAGUGCCGAACCUCCAGUCCUAGCUCUGCUGGCUCCGUCAGCCUUGGGCACUACACCCCAACCUCACGGUCACCCCAGCACUACAGUCGUCCAGCUGGUACUGUGAGUGUUGGUACCAGUAGCUGUCUGUCCCUGUCCCAACACCCAAGCCCUACAUCCGUGUUCAGACAUCAUUACAUCCCCUACUUCCGAGGCAGCGAAAGUGGCCGCAGCACCCCGAGUCUCUCGGUGCACUCCGACAGCAGGCCUCCUUCCUCUACCUAUCAGCAGGCACCGCGACACUUCCACGUCCCAGACACUGGCGUAAAAGAUAACAUCUAUAGGAAACCCCCUAUCUACAAGCAGCACGCUGCCAGGCGAUUGGAUGUGGAGGACAGCAGUUUCGAUCAGGAUAGCAGGAAGAAGACCACCUGGCUGCUCCUCAAGGGGGAUGCAGACACAAGAACUAACUCUCCGGACCUGGACAGUCAGUCUCUGUCCCUUGGCAGUGGGGCUGAGCGAGAACCUCUUCCGAGAAUGCCAGGGGACAGCUUCUACUCACGCUUCCCUUAUUCCAAACCUGACACUCUCCCAGGAACCAGGAAGGAUGGCCUGGACCUCCGGAAUGCCAACCAGGCCCCCUGUGGAGCAGACCCGGAUGCCAGCUGGGGCACGCGAGAGUACAAGGUAAGGGGACACCUGUACUAGCUGACCUCUCCCACCGCACUGCACCUGACCAGGUUAAAAGUUCCCUUUUGUUGCAUAUUCUCUAUGAAAUGCACGUGUCCGAAGCCCAGACAAGUAUGUAUCCGGGUUUGCCUUUUGGUCAGGCCAGGGGUACUUGCCUUUCAGGAUAACCUUACGGUGUCUUCCCUGCAGAUAUAUCCCUAUGACUCCCUCAUCGUAACAAACCGAAUCCGUGUGAAACUACCCAAAGAUGUGGACCGGACGCGGCUGGAGAGACACCUGUCACCUGAGGAGUUCCAAGAAGUGUUUGGGAUGAGCAUUGAGGAGUUUGACCGCCUGGCCCUGUGGAAGAGGAAUGACCUCAAGAAGAAAGCCUUGCUGUUCUGACAGCGCCAACGUCUUACCAGGAGCCUGUUGUGGGGCAAAGCUGCAGGACCCCACUGGCUCCCCCAAAUCCUCUCCUGUACCUUGCUCUGCUUCUCUGUGCCAGUGGGGCAGGGGGGUGCCUGCAGGAGGCAGGGUGGGGCCAGGCCCUGAGGAGCAUCCAGCAGGCAUGGUCCCUUGUGUAGCAAGGAUGCUCCCGCCCGUAGUUUAGGGCCAGGUGCCAGCUUGACCCUCUCCUUCGCGCCACAACUUGGCAUCAGGGCAGUGCUGCGGCCAGCUAUCAUAGGAGAUGGGGCAGAGCAUUCAGCCAGCCCAGCACCUUUCCAGCACCUUUCCAGCACCUUCCCAGCACCUGAUGUGCCCACAGCUGUGCUAGGAUUUGGGGCACAGAGCUGGGAGGAGGGUGAGAGGCUUGACACAGCAGGAAUGGUAAGUGUGAGGCUCCUCAGAACAUGAACAGUAUGCAGGCAGGCUGGCAUGCUGAGGCAGGGGAGCCAGGGCGAUGUCUGAGAGGCAGUGGGACUGUGUUUCUUGCAGUUAGUGUGACAGAUCUUUUCUGGGGAAUGAAUGUCGGCCUGACAGGGUGCCCCCGAACAGUGCUCUGUGUACUGUGCCCUUCUUCCAAAUCACCCCCUUAGUUGCCUAAAUGAUAUCUUUCAACUUACACAGAAGUUUUUAUUUUAUUAAAAAGUAUCGCUUCCGUACACAUAAGAAGACAUAUAUGCAGAGUUUAGUUUCACGGUCCCUCAGAAGGGGAGCGCCUCCGCCUUACACCCCCACCGUGCAGGCCUCUGUGCUUCCAGUCCUUGGUGUUCCUCAGAGACAGGAGCCCAUCUGUUUCCCUUUGUCCCUGCUCCUCUGUAUGUGUCACACAGACAGCCCCAAAGACAGACUCGCUCGGUAGUGCGGUUUGUAAAUACAUGUGAAACGUAUCUGUCUGCUUUUUAACUCACCGUCAUUUCCCCAAGUCUCAAAAAGAAGUGCGCCCCUGGUGGCCAAAAUCCUGGAAUAAAGGUUUCCCCAUUGUGGCCAUGUCUCACACAAA